GUGUGUGAGUGUAAGAGAGAGAGAGAGAGAGAGAGAGAGAGAGAGAGAGAGAGAGAGAGAGAGUGGGCAGAGAUUGUUUAGAGAGGCAAAGGAGAGCGUAGCGGCAUCAAGCAGCACAGAGACCAGUGGAUGCUGACAGACGCACAGCUUCUGACGGGAAGAGGGGAAACAGAAAAGACAAGAUUCUCUCACUCCAGAAGAGAGAGAGGGAGGCGGAGAGCCCGUAUACUGUCCAUGGCCAUCCUCGUCAUCCUGGGGAUUAGGAUUGGAGGACAGCAGCCUUUGAGAAGCCACACACGGACGGUAAGUUAUCAACGCACACCUGCACGACUCAAAGUUAAUCAUCAGAUUCAGUGAAGGUUUUCACAAUUCAGAUCACAGAAAACGGGAGAACAAUGUGUCCUGAAGAGAAGCUUCAGUAGGAACCUUGUGAUUUCUCCACACUCUGCAAUGGCUGUGAGACUCAACAAGACAACAUAAGUGCAGGAGCCAAGCAACACAACCUUUAAGAGGAUACUCAAUGUGAUUUAACCUUCCGGGACAGUGCAUUGCAAUCAUCAGAUGGAGUGUUUUGUAUCUAGGCUCACUGUGUGUCCAAGUGGUUGUCCCUUUGUUUUAAUCGGAACUCUGCACUUACUACAACCUGGAACCAAUGGGCAAUAAGAGGUUUACUAAUGAAAGAAAAUUGAAUGCUACGUGAUUGCCAACUAAGAAUCCUGUGAAUCAGGGUGGACAGUAGAUACCUUGAGAAUUCCUGGAUACCCCGUAUUUCUUUUGUAGCUAAGAGGAAAAGAAGGAUAUAAACCUUUACAAUGAAAAUUCUUUUGGGUGACAGUGGCAAAGAAGUUCCUUUUGAAAAUUGAACAUCAUCCUUUUUUCUGUGAGUUGUCAUAGAAACCAAAAGAAAAAUAGGAAACAUGACAUUGACUUUAAGACUAGCUGUUGUUCUGCUAGCUCAAGGAAUGUCAUUAUCUCAAUAUUUUAGGUAAACGAGGACUAACACAAAACUCGCUAUCAGGAUUUGAACCCUUCGAUUUCAACAAAAUAACAAAACAAGGAUUAGUUAGUGUUUGAAAAAUUACAGCCCAUAAGGAGUCUUUUCAGAGUGUCAGCACAAGUAUGAAGUGUUUUAGAUGUCCACGCCAUUCGGUACACCCUGUCCACCAUCACAGCUGCAGCCACUUGACAAGCUUGGGCUUGUGGGAAAAGGUGUUCUUGAAAGUUUGUUAAAAUAGAAUUACUGAAUGAAUAAUAAAGUAUUUCCAUCCUGGACAAAUGUAGUAGGCCAUACAAACUACUGUUGAUCAAAGUAAUGUUUUAGAGCCUCUUUGGCAAUUUGUGGUAUUAUAAAUCCAAGAAGCCCAAAAGCUUGACUUUAGCUGUCUGUAACUUCAGUAGCUAGGACAAUUAUCGUUUAAACUUAUAAUAGCAUCAAAUACCCACCAAAACUGGCCAUGGAUUUCAAUGGGAGCCUGGACUAUGGGCCCUUCCCAACAGGGCUGCCCUAUAACACAAGCAUGGACUACGAGUACUACUACCCAGAGCUUGACGCAAGUAGAAUCAUCCUCCCAUCUAUUUAUGCUCUUGUCUGCUGUAUAGGUCUUACCGGCAAUGCCAUGGUCAUCUACGUCAUUCUGAAAUAUGCCAAAAUGAAAACAGCCACAAACAUUUACAUCCUCAAUUUGGCAAUUGCUGACGAGUUGUUCAUGUUAAGUGUUCCUUUUCUGGCCACAUCAGCUGCCAUCCGCCAUUGGCCCUUCGGGUCGCUGAUGUGUAGGUUGGUGCUGAGUGUGGAUGGUAUCAACAUGUUUACAUCAAUCUUCUGCUUGACUGUGCUGAGUGUGGACCGUUACGUAGCAGUGGUUCACCCAAUCAAGGCUGCCCGCUACCGCAGGCCCACUGUAGCCAAAGUAGUCAAUGUGUGUGUAUGGGUGCUGUCACUUUUAGUUAUCCUGCCCAUCAUUAUCUUUGCCGACACUGUCCGCGCGCCGGACGGUGCUGUGGACUGUAAUUUCUUGUGGCCCGAAUCGGCGUGGUCAGAGGCAUUUGUGGUCUACACGUUUCUGUUGGGGUUUCUGCUGCCGGUUGGAGCCAUCUGCUUGUGUUACUGUUUAAUGGUGGCCAGGAUGCGAGCAGUGGGGCUCAAAGCAGGUUGGCUUCAGCGACGGCGCUCAGAGAAGAAGAUCACUCGCAUGGUGCUGCUAGUUGUGGCCGUGUUCGUUCUCUGCUGGAUGCCCUUCUAUAUCAUCCAACUGGUCAGCGUUUUCCACCGGCCCCCAGACCCCAUGGUGACUCAGCUUUUUGUCAUCCUCAGCUACGCUAACAGCGGUGCCAAUCCCAUCCUGUACGGCUUUGUGUCUGACAAUUUCCGGCGAUCAUUCCAGCGCAUUGUGUGUUUUCGGUGGCUGGAGUCUGGACUGGAUGCGGAACAGGUAGAUUACUGUGCUGUGGCUUUGAAGAGACAAGCAACAUGUAACCCUCUGGAUUUCCCCAAGGACUGCAUGGCAUCUGAUAUGGUGUUUCGCAAUGGGACAUAUACCUCUCGUACAACCACAGUGUAGCGCUGGAGAUAGGUUUAUAACGAGGAGAUUGAUGUCAAUCUCAUUCUUACAUUAUAAAAAAAAA